AUGUAUUUUGAUUUAAGAGAUUUCUAUUGGUGGCCGGGUAUGAAGCGAGAUGUGGCUAGGUAUGUGAGUGAGUGCCUUACUUGCUUACAAGUGAAAGCCGAUCAUAAGAAGCCACCCGGAUUAUUAGUGCAACCCGAGGCCCCCGAAUGGAAAUGGGAACACAUUGCAAUGGACUUCAUAACGAAGUUACCGAAGACAAGAAGUGGUCGCGAUACAAUUUGGGUGAUAGUUGAUCGGUUAACGAAGUCGGCUCAUUUCGUGGCCAUUCGUGAAACCGAUGGUGUUGACACCUUAGCUCGUUUGUACAUCAAGGAAGUGGUGUCUAAACAUGGAGUUCCGGUUUCUAUCAUCUCCGAUAGAGAUUCCCGGUAUAACUCGAAUUUAUGGAGGGCCUUUCAUCGUGCAAUGGCUUGGGCGGAGAUCGGUGAAAGCCAACUCAUUGGACCGGAGAUUGUGGUGGAAACAACAAAGGUGAUCUACCAAAUCAAGGAGAGAUUGCAAUUGGCCCGUGAAAGACAAAAGAAGUAUGCCGAUGUGAGGCGGCGACCGCUAGAGUUUGAAGCGGGGGAUUAUGUAUUGUUGAAGGUGUCGCCAUGGAAGGGUGUUAUCCGUUUUGUGAAGAGAGGCAAACUCGGGCCAAGGUAUAUCGGUCCUUUUAAGAUUAUUGAACGGGUUGGGAAGGUUGCUUAUCGGUUGGAAUUGCCACAAGAACUUGGGGGAGUACAUGAUGUCUUCCACAUUUGCAACCUACGCAAAUGCUUGGCGGACCCGACAAACAUGUGCCUAUGA